UGAGCCGGUCGACCGGGUGAGGAGAUCGGAAACUAGCCUGGGAAGGGAAGCGUUUUAGCCGCGCGGAGCCGUUCGUGACUGGAAGGUUCCCAUUCGCUUCAUUGGGAAAGACCCCUCGUAGAGUCGAGGCUUUGCGGAGUUAACUUUCCUUUGCUUUGCCCCGGUAACAAAAAAGAAUGGCAGACAUCUCUAAUGUAGAUUCUUUGGCUACAAAGCUAAAAAAUACAGUCAUUCAGUACUAUAACAUUGAGGAUGGUGAAUGGAGAGUUGCUAGGAAAACAAAAGAUAUUACUGUUUGGCGUAAGCCAUCAGAAGAAUUCAGUGGGUACCUCUACAAAACACAAGGUAUUGUGGAAGAUGUUACCAACAGAAUAAUAGAUCACAUACGUCCUGGACCUUAUCGGCUCCACUGGGACAGCCUGAUGACCACAAUGGACAUUGUUGAAAAGUAUCAAGAGAAUUGCUGUGUAAUGCGUUAUACCACAGCUGGUCAAAUACUGAACAUCAUUGCACCAAGAGAGUUCAUUGACUUCUCUUGCACAACCAACUAUGAAGAUGGGCUGCUAUCAUGUGGUUAUAGCCUGGAUUAUGGUGAAGUAAGGCCAAGUUUUGUUCGAGGAUUUAACCACCCCUGUGGCUGGUUCUGCUUUCCACUCACGGACAAUCCAAGACAUAGUCUUUUAGUUGGCUUUAUCCAGACGGACCUGCGUGGGAUGCUCCCGCAAUCAGUAGUAGACACGGCUAUGGCUGGUACACUGAUUAAUUUUUAUUCUGAUCUUAGGAAAGCUCUGAAGGCAUAAUCAGUGCAACUACAACUUCUCUGUAUCACUCCUAACCCUUUUCUGCUGCACACAGUAUACUUUUUAAAAUUAAGGUAUGUUGGAAAUUUCUCAAUGAAGACCUGUAGUUUUCCUUACGAGGUGCAGUAGUUUCAUUUGCACUGAUCAAUAUAUUUAAUUUGAAGACCCUCAGUGAAUUCAAUUGAGAUGAUUGUUCUAAAAAAGUAAUAUCCAUGUUUAUGCUCGAAAAAAGCACAUGCCCUAAUUUUAAGACCCGAGUUGUGUUAAUUACUUUGUUCUCUAGAACACAGAACUUUUUAUAGCACAGUUGUGGAAAGUAUUUUAUCAGGGCAUUAGUUUCAAGGAUUUGAUUUCCUAACAGCAUGUUAGGAAACCAGCAACAGUAUAUUUGUGUUGGGGAACUUCUUUCCCAUUGCCUUCCACCCAUCUCUAGGACCCAGUUGUGCCAGGGCUCUCAUUCAAGCCUCCAUGGCUCAAAGCCUUGUCCCCCUUAAUGCACUGAGUGAUGCGAGCACAAAUAUACUGUUGCCAUCAUUCUGAAUGCAUGAUGAGCUCUAUUUUUAUAGAAUUAAGAAGUCUGCAGUUUCACAGUAAGGCACUUAGGUUAAGUUCACAUACUUAGAGCUAGCUGGACAAUAUAUUGGUCCUGUGAAAUGGCACACACUUCGGUGCAGCAGAAUUGAUAUCUUUUGGAGCUCUUCUUGCCAGAUUGGUAAUACUCUGUGCACACACAUACCUAGUUUUGGAAAUCCUAUUGCUACGUAGCAUGCAUCAUCUGGGUGUCAGAUGCAUAUUCUACUUACAGUGCAGUGAGAAUAGAAAUUGCACUUCUAGUCAUUGCCUUGAGGGGCAUUAUAACUGAAUUGUGGUAUAAGCAAUGAAACCUGGUACUGCAAAAACUGAGUGACUUCAAACAUUUUUGAGGACUUACUUGAUGCUUACUUGAGAAUUGUAGAUGGUUUCUAUAAUUUAAAGCCUGACUUUUUAAGAUACCUUCUUCACUUAAUAUUAUUUCAGUGGAAAACUAUAUGGGUUGUAGGAACAUGAAAUGCAUGUAGUCAAAUUAUGAAAUUAUGUAGUCAAAUUAUACAUUGUAGGAAGACUAACUGAGGCCAUAUUAAGAGUAUCCAUUUUGGGGGCACACAACUUUACAGUGGCAGAGGAGAUGGCAAUGUUUUGAGUAAGAGAAAAAAUGAAAAGGAUUAUUUACUUGGCUUUUGAUUUUGUUCUAGAACUACCUGAGAAUGUAAAUCUGGGUUGCUAAAAUGUAGGCUCAUAGCUGGGAGACUGAAAUUGCCAUAAUUGCUUUACCUCAGCUUCUACUUGUUCCAUCUUGAAUAGAACAAAAUAUCCUGAUUUUUAAAGAGCUUCCACAUGAUCCAGAUUUCAUUCAGCACUUACCCAAGAUGCUGCUGCAGGUGUGAUCAUGUAUGAAGCCAGUCAGGAUUCACCACAGAGCUUGUUCCAAGUCAAAGAACAGAAGCAUGGGUUGUAGGAAAUGAACUAUCUAAACUUUUUAUUUUGGCCUUGGCAGCUUCAACCCCCAUACUAUUAGCUGAUGUCCAAGAACGAAUCUAAUCCUAUAUGCUAAGCAGAGGUGUUAUAAGUCACCUACUUCGUAAUGUACAUUCUAAACAUUUGCUGUGAGAAAAAUUCAGAAAAUAUGUGUGUUUGUGUGUUAAGAAAGAAUUAGAGCAGUAUGUUGUUAAACCUCUUAUGCUAUAACUUGAACUUUCUGAAGUUGUUGUGGCUUAAUGGACAGUUUGGAAACUGUGUAGGAGACCUCAGCACUGAAAAUGUGCUUGUUAGCUGAUAUAUCUUUUCAUUAAGAUUAACUAAUUGCAGUUCUUAAUUUUGCCUUGCAAGUAUGAGAAAGAAUAUCAGUGACGCUACUGGCACAAUUCAGAAGGUACUCAAAAUAUUCACACCAAUUCUAAAUCACAGAACUGACUCCGUAACGGUGGCUCAAAGCACUGCAAAUUACAGUCAUGACACUUGUAGCACUUCUAUAGUGUUGGUUUACAUGCACUGGUGACAUUUGUGGUCUUGUAGAGGAAAAUUAAUCAGCAGCAUGAGGUAGUGCUACAUUUUCUCAAGCAACUGUGGAUCUGUGUGUAAGAAUCUGCUGUUGCAUUAUCACGAAGAACAGUUGUAAGGGCUAUAUUCACAUACUGUGUGGAAUAAAUGAUAAUAUUAAUGACCUAUCCCCAUGAACUUGUUUUAACUAUCAUUUAAAUAGACAAUUCACCUUGCUUUUCUGUUCUGAAGUAGUUGAUUUGUAUUUGUUUCCCUGG